CGAUGACAGUGCAGUGGCAGCGCUUCGCGAAGGGCACUCUCGUCGCCCCGGUCCACUCUCCUUUUUCCGCCGGCGGCGGCGCGACCGCAGCGUGCGCCUCCAUCGCCGGCCAGGCGCGCUACCUAGUCGCUGAGGGCUUUAACGCUGUCUUUGUCUGCGGCACGAACGGCGAGUCCUUCUCCUGCUCGCUCGCCGAGCGCAAGGCGAUGCUCGAGAUGUGGAUGAGUACGGAGGAGGUCCGGGCGAAGAAGCUGCGCAUGCUGGCCCACGUCAGCUGCCUCGCUCCGCCCGAGACGGUCGAGCUGGCGAGGCACGCGGCAGCCCUCGGCGUGGAUGCCGUCUCGUACAUGGUGCCGUGCUUCUUCAAGCCGGUCGGCGACGCCGCCGUCGCGAAGAUGCUCGCCGACUUUGCCCUGGCGGUGCCGACGACUCCGGUGCUCUUUUACCACUUCCCGGACAUGACUGGCGUGGCGUGCAGCAUGGAGCGCGUGCUGGUGGCGGCCAGGGAGGCGGCGCCGAACGUCGUGGGCGCAAAGUUCACGCACAACGACCUCGCGGACAUGCAGGCCUCGAUCCGGGCCGGCUUCGACGUCCUCAUCGGCAGCGGCGACGAGCUGCUUCUGCCCAGCCUCGUGCUCGGCACCGCCGGCGGCUUCUCCGUGCCGGGCAUGAUGGGCGGCAACCGCGCCAUCCUCGGCAUCUUCGAAGCGUACGAGCGGGGCGACCUCGCCGCCGCGGCAGAGUACCAGGACACCGCCCGCCAGAUGCUCGGCCUGCUCAAGCGCCACCCGGCGGGGUUUGUCGGGGCGGGCAAGGCGCUGGCCGAGCGAGCGAUGGGCGGCGCCGCGCCGCUCGGCCCCCCGCGGCCGCCGAUCAGCGCGCUGAGCGACGCGGCGGAGCUCGAGCGGCUGGCGGCAGAGAUGGGGCGGCUGAUUGAGAAGGCGCGGUAGAGCGCGAGCGCGCUACGCGCUCGCGCGCUACGUGCUCGCGCGUGGCGCGUGGGUUGGCCCGCCUGCGUCUCACGGACUUCGCCGCCGCGCGGAGAGGAGAGCCCUUGGAAAGACACUGGGAGUAACUUGGAGCACUUGGAGUGCAGCAGCAACCGCACAUCCCGCGCCGCGGGAUUUCUUUUUGAGAAGUAUGAUGGUGUC